UCUAAAACUUGCUUGGCUGUUAGAGAAGAAUGCGCAAGCUGUGGUUUCUCUGGUCAGCAAUCGCUUGGAUAUCCACUGCGCUAUGUACCGCAGGCUGUGUACUUCCCUACUGGCUCAAAGGAACAAUCUAUACUGGUAUCAAUGAACAGUUGGCAGUGGCGAUGGGAUUACAUAUGACAAGAUUACCUAGCACACUGGGUUUAUACCGGCGAUGUGUCUAUCCUGUAUACACAGACAAAAUGAACGAAGCGCUAUCUGCAAACCAGGAUGCAGAUUCUAGACCAGGCCACUACGUACAAACGACAGAACAGGCUAGAUUGAUCCGCAUCCGAGCAGGAUGUGGAUUUUAUCAGUUUGAGCAGAUUCCUCACAGCAUUUGGCAAGCAGCACUCAUGCUUCUUAGCCUAGCGUGUGUCCUUCUGUGGUUCAUCAGCUUCUUUUUGCUGUUUGUUGGCUGUUACGUUGGACUUCUCAACUAUCCCACAUUGACUCGGGCGUGUCAAGCCCUUCUGCUUGUUUCAGGUUCCCUUGUGUUAGCCUGCUGCGUGCUUUAUCCUCUUGGCUGGUCGGACAAUCCAGAGGUCACACAAAUUUGUGGAGAUAGCAGUUCAGUUUUUCAUUUAGGUCGCUGCCAAUUGGGAUGGGCUUAUCUGCUAACCUUGCUGGGAGGAUUCUCGAGUAUACUGGCUUCAGCACUACCAAGUCUUUGCGGUCCGUGCUUAACCAGCAGCCAUCGUGGAUUCCGUUUCUGUAUCAAUCCAUCCGACCCUACGAAGAAUGCCACAGGAGAGGUGGAACUGUCCAGAAAACCACAAGACUACAUCCACUGUUCCAGCUCUUCUGAACCAAACCAAACGAUGACUGUACAUUCAAACGUUGUCAGAUGGCCUGGAGCUAUCAACAACUUUUACGCUCGUGUGCAACAACCAGUGUUUGUCAGCCCCGGACCAUCUCCGAACAUGCCCACACAAUCUAUCAAAAGUCAUGCAACAAACAGCAGCUUGAUGGGCUCAUUCACGGAGAUGGAAUCCAAGGUUCCGACUGACAUCAAGUCACCCACUGUAGAAUGCUGCCAAAAAGUGAGCUAGGGUGACAGCGGAAAAUGCUAGCGAAGAUUCAAAGUGUUUGAUGAACAGUGUUGAGUAAUGCUUCAGAGAUUUUGAUCCUUUUCGUCUUCCGAAGUAAUUUUAAGAUUAUACCCGUGCGAUUUUCCGGAAUGCAAACGCUGCCAGCUGGCGAAUGCAGCUUAGUAAAUGUUCACACGAAUUGAUACUGUCACCUGCGCAAUCAAGCUUAACGAAACAAGGCAAAAUGUCAAUGCCUCACUUCACAAAGCACAAGGAAGUGCUUACUCCUCAUCUGCUUUUUGUAUACACUGCACACCAAUAUGUCAUGCAAACCGUGUAUUCCUCUGCCGGUCCUAUUGCCCUUUGAAUAUCUCGAUUCUUUGAAGAGAUAGAUUAAUCUAAG